AUGGUGGCGAUCAUGAGGCCUUACAUAUCCGCCUUGACGGCCGGACAAGGCUUGAACUACGAGUCGAUAAACGUUCUAUCUCCUGAGCCGCGCCCCAGCCUUCCUUUCACCGAUGAUGGUCCGGGAAACCUCUCAGUGUUUGGUCCUCGCCACGAUAACGACCAUGAAAACUACAGAAAGAUCAAGAUUCUCCCAACUGCUGAUGAAAUCCUGGCCGUCCAUCGACCGACGUACAUGCCGAAAAAAGAUCUCCAUGAAGAGCACUUCUUAGACAACGGGCCUGCCAGGCUUCUGGAUACGCUUUUCAGACAACUGCGAUAUGACAGCAUUGAGAGCAUCCGUGACGUAUGCUAUUCAGCCUCACAAGUUGCCUUUCUCGGCAGCCGCACAAAUCCUGAAGCCCACGUCCGCCACGAGACCGAAGCCGGCAACCGUUAUUUCUUGUAUCGCAACGUCAAAAUCGAAGAGCUGCUUUCACAUGAACAAAAGACGAUGCUUGUCCGCGUCAGUUACGACUGUCCGCCAUUCAUGAGGGCUCAGAGGUUGUAUGACUCUGGCCGAUUUCAAAAAGGCAUGCUUGUCGCGUUGCUCCAACUGAAUCAUGCUACCAUGACACUGUCUGUCUACUUCAUGGAGGUUCAUCUCGCUCAAAGCACAUUCUCUAUGAACAGCUUUGAUGGAGGGGGGACUCGAGCAGCAGUCCAGCUCUCUUUCCUCCCUACAACCACCCACGGUGAAGUCCUGCAACUCUGCCGCCACACAUUGGGCCUUUGCACAGGAAGUGAACUCUACCUUAUAGAAUUCCCGAAGGUUCUCUUCGCCGGGUUCUACAACUGCCUGAGGCGGCUGCAAGAGAUGAGAGAAGCAGAUUUCGCUUUUCAGCGCUACGUUGCACCUAAGAAGGAUAUCAGUGAGGUAUUGGGAGCUGAAAAACUGCACUCGAUCACUGGAUUGCCCUCUCAGCUUCCAUGCCCCCCACCUGCCUACGCACUCUCAUCGGGUUUCGAAUACAACCUCACGAAGCUUGUUCCACCGACAUGCCGGAUUGCGUCUGCAUCUGUAGCAGAUUUAUCACGUCCCUCGACUCUCGAUGUCCUCAACCGCGAAACCACUCUGGACGAAGGUCAAGCGGUGGCUUUCAGAGACAGCCUCCUGCGGGAGUUUGCUUGCACACAAGGUCCGCCUGGAUGCGGCAAGACCUUUCUGGGUGUCCAGCUAGCCAAGACUCUUCUCGAAUCCCGGCACUCACAGAAGCCUAUCCUACUGGUUUGUCUGACGAAUCACGCCCUUGACAGCUUUCUCGCCGAUCUACGAGAUGCUGGUGUCUCCAAUCUGCUCCGAAUCGGUUCUGGCAGCAAGGCAGACUGGACAGAUGCAAUCAAUCUCCGCAACAUGAGACGAAAGACGCGAAUGAAGAAGGCGGAUAGCCACAGGCUGUAUGCUCAUGAUCUCCAAAAGAAGCUGCUCCUCGCAGAACUGGAUUUAUUGUGCAAAGCGCUUUCUUGCCAGACUCAUACUGGCAACCCUCCAUGGCACUAUGUCGAGGAUAUUCUACGCAACAAAUACCCCGAUGUCCAUUCCCAAUUCAUGACCAACCCCAAUGUCUCGCUUGCGCAGUCCUUUACUUUCGAAUACUGGUCAGGCGGCGGAGACCUAAAGACCAUACGGGAAUUACAUCUAGAACUGGCUUGUAGGCUGGCCCAAACCUCAAAAGACGGUGCAAAACCGACCCAAGAAAAUGUCGAUGAAAUCCUUCUCGACAUAUCUUACCAUGCUGAACUCCAAAGUGCAAACGCUGGGGAGUCUAGCGUAUGGAACCUGCCUCUAUCUGAACGUCAAUUUAUGCUUCGCCAUUGGGAGGCGGAGGUAGACGGAGAAAAGUUUGCAACCAAGAUGGUUUCACUCUACUCUGACUUGCAAGUGUACAUGGAGAAAAUCAAGACAAUCCACGAGGCGCGCGACGCGCAGAUCAUGUCGUCUCAAAAUAUCAUCGCUAUGACCACAACCGCAUGCGCAGCCCGCUGGGAGGUUCUGCGAUCACUGGAUCUUGAGAUCCUCAUUUGUGAGGAGGCCGCGGAGGUUAUGGAAGCACAUGCACUCUGCACUUUGCUCCCUACACUUCAACAUGCAGUUUUUAUUGGCGAUCCUCAACAGCUGCGACCUGAAACAAAUGAACAGUCUCUAAGUCUCGAGAUGUCGGUCGGGCGUCAAUAUCGCUUGGAUGAGUCGUUGCUGGAGCGACUGAUGUUUCCUCAUGACAUAGCUGCGCCGAUAAUGCCGUCAAGCCACUUGAGUGUUCAACGCCGCAUGCAUCCUGACAUUGCAAAUAUCACUCGCCUGACCUAUCCCUAUCUCAAGGACCACGAGUCUACGCUCCAACGCUCGCCAACUCAUGGCAUUACACAUAGAAUCUUUUGGUGGGACCAUCGAGUUCCCGAACUUGGAUCGGAUGAUCUAAAGUCGCAUGCCAAUCUCCAUGAGGUCGAGAUGGUCGCCUCCCUUGUCCAGUACCUGCUUCGCAGUGGUGCGUACUCACAAGGAGAGAUUGCAGUCUUGACUCCAUACGCUGGCCAGCUAUUGAAACUCUACGGGCGGCUGGCCGCAACAUGUGACAUAUGGCUCUCUGAAAACGACCGAGAAGCACUGCUUGGUGAGGAGGUCCUUGGCCUUGGAGAUGAAGGCAGGACUACCAAAGACGAAGUUGCGAUCUCCGACAUGCUCAGGAUCGCUACAGUCGACAACUUCCAGGGUGAAGAGGCAAAGGUCAUCAUCCUCAGCACGGUCCGAAGUGGAGGGAGCGCUGGGUUCUUGAAGACUUUGAAUCGCAUCAAUGUUGCCUGCAGCAGGGCACGUAACGGCUUUUAUAUUGUGGAGAUCGCUCAGCUAGACGUCCUCAAUCUCCUUGGCAUUUACAACGUCAAUACCCAGGGGAUUAUUUCAGCAAUCAACUCAGAUGUGAGACCACAAGAUCUCAAUAUACCAAAAUGCCUGUGCGGGGCCUCCAUGCAAGGCACUCGCCGGUACCGACUCCACUCGAAGCUGAUCGACUUCGAGAGCACUUUUGACCUUCUUCUCGCGAAAAUGGGUCGCAAAUUAGCUGCCUUUGCGGCAGCAAUCGACGUCCAGGCGAAACGGUUGGAGCAGACGUUCAAACUAUGCCUCGAAGAGAUCCGACCAAACCCUCUGGCAGCUAAAUCGAAUGCUACCAUCGUUCUUGGUCGAAAUCAAGAGAUACUUGAUCUCCAGAAACAGAUUAUUAAUUUCAGGAGCGAAGUCGUGGAUCGAUUUCAGAGCAGCAUUGCAGCAUUACAUCAGGUGUUUCCAAACGUCAUCCCGUCGCAUAACCCGAGUUUCCAUCUUCACCUUGACAUAUUAGAAUACAGGGUUGUCAGUGUGCGUCUCGCUGAUGCCCUGGAAAUUGCAAAUCAGCUUCUUCCUCUGAAGGACCAUUCCUUCGGAGUGCAACGCCUGGCCCUCAAGAUGAUCCAGUUCGUUUACAAGGAAUCGAUUUCGUGCAUAGAGUAUUGUCAAGGAGCAUUGGACAAGACCUCUAUUGAUACCAACCCGUCUAUUGAAGCUGAGAUCAGGCUGCAACAGCUCCAGUUCAUGCUCUUUGCAAAGUCAACAAGAAUUCAGCUCUCUGGGCUUGGCUAUCCUGUCAAUGACAACGUAGUGGGCAUGAACGCGGAAACAGUCAAAGCUGGCUUGGACGCCGUCAGCGCGAUCGGCCGCCGGUCCCCGGGGACGUGUGCUCUUUUAAUGGUGACUGCACAGAAUAUGGCCGCAGCCUUCGGACACCAAGAUGGGUCGCAGGCACCGUCAAUCCCGAAGAUCAGGAACAACUACAUAAGGCAGGUCGAAAACCUGUGGGGGCAUCAUGAACUUGGAUUUCUGGCCACCUGUGGUCGAUCCCACCCCUAUUCGGCAAAGACUUUCUCUAACGGCUGCCCCAAUUGUGAGAAGCAGGCUCAACUGUCAGCCGAUGAAAUCUUCCGUGAAUCUGGGAAGCACCUGUUUGAGCAGCAGUUCUUGCGGACCAUGCAGUCCAGAUCCCCGAAACCUCGAAAGUUGAAACAUCCUGAUCGGGGAAGCCUAAAGGUAGCUUUGCAGUCGGUUGAGCAACCCUUCUUGGAAGCAAACACUGCCAGUGCUGCAGCUGUGGCGGAGUUGUCCCCCGAAGAAAGAUUUCUGGCAGCGAUGAGGAGAGGUCCGCCGAAUCCACUUAUAAGGGUGAAGAGCGAGACAGUUAAUUUGGACGAGUUGGCUAGAGAAGUGGACAUUGGAAAAAAGCUGGAGAUGUCGUUGGAGGUGAGAAAUGUCACGCAAGAGUCAACUCCAGUUGAACCAGAAAAAGAACUUACAAUGGAGGACAAGUUUCUUAUGGCAAUGAGAAAGAUUCGCAACAAUUGA